CUUGGUUUUAUUCCCUCUUCCAACUUCCAUCACUUUGCCUUUGCUUUGCCUUUGCUUUUGCUUAGCUUGCUCUAUAUAUCUGUUUCUGGUCUAGUAGCUUCUUGUUCUUGUGUGUUCUUGUAUCUUUCUCUGCUUAAUCAGCAUCUUUAGAGGAGGAAAUUAACCAUGGCAUUCGUCAGAUCACGCGCAAAUGCUUCCUCUGGAAUCGGUGUAGCUGCCGAGUGCAAGCAGACAUUUCUGGAGCUUCAGAGGAAGAAAUCACACCGCUAUGUCAUCUUCAAGAUCGACGACAAGUGCAAGGAGGUCGUCGUCGAAAAGACAGGUUCAUCGACCGAGAGCUUCGACGAUUUCAUGGACUCACUCCCUGAAUCUGACUGCCGCUACGCCAUCUACGACUUCGACUUCGUCACCGAGGAGAACUGCCAGAAGAGCAAGAUCUUCUUCGUCGCAUGGUCGCCUUCGGUUUCUCGCAUCCGCGCCAAGAUGUUGUAUGCUACCUCCAAAGAACGGUUCAGGAGAGAGCUGGAUGGUGUGCACUAUGAGAUUCAGGCAACUGAUCCGUCGGAGCUGGACAUUGAGCUUCUUAGAGAGCGUGCUCAUUGAGAAAAAUCAAUCAAUCAAUCACUAGGAAAUAAUCAUCAUCUUGCAUUAUGAGAUAUUUGUAAUAGCUAUUAUAUAUGUUACUAUGUACUGAAACUUGCACACUGUUGAGGUACGGUUGUUCUGCUUCAGCUAUACACAAUUUCUGUUGAAGUACAACUGUGCAAGUAUGAAAAACUGUGGGUUGUCUGGUUAAGACUAAUUUAUAUACGCCUGUGCUUUCCUUAAUAGA